UUCUUCUCAAAAUUGGGGGAAAAAAAGCUAAAAGUGAGAAGAAAGAGAAACAGAGUGGAGACUUCCAAUACAGAAAGAAAUCAAAAGGGGGAAAAAAAAAACGGUUCUUGAGUUUCGCUAUUCUCCGCUCCGUCACUGAGAAGAAGAUGAACGGUGGUCCAUCGGGCUUCAACAAUGCUCCUGUUACCAGAGCCUUCAUUAUUGCCUCUGCCCUCUUCACCGUGUUCUUUGGGAUUCAAGGCCGUUCUAGUAAACUCGGAUUGUCAUAUCUGGAUAUUUUUGGGAAUCUCCAACAUUGGAAGCUAAUUGUGUCAGUUUUUGCCUUUUCUUCUACACCAGAAUUGAUGUUUGGACUCUACUUGUUAUACUACUUCAGGGUCUUUGAGAGACAGAUAGGUUCCAAUAAGUACUCAGUUUUUAUCUUGUUCUCUGUAAUAGUUUCAUUGCUUUUUGAGAUCCUUGCUCUGGCACUCCUUAAAGAUCCUGCAGUGAACCUGGUCACAUCAGGACCUUAUGGCCUUAUUUUUGCUUCAUUUGUACCAUUUUUCUUCGAUAUUCCAGUUUCAACAUGGUUUCGUGUAGUUGGUGUGCGCUUCUCUGACAAGUCUUUCAUAUAUCUAGCUGGUCUUCAGCUUCUUUUAUCAUCCUGGAAAAGAUCUAUUUUACCAGGGUUAUGUGGCAUCCUAGCUGGUUCCUUGUACCGUUUGAAUGUCUUUUAUAUCCGCAAGGCAAAGUUCCCAGAGAUUGUUACUUCAUUAUUGUCACGGAUUUCUUGGCCAACCAUGGGGAGAUCACCUUCAGCAGCACCUAGGAAUAUUGUAGGAAACAUGCCAUCCUAUGCAGGUCGCCAAGCGGAGAGAAACUACCCUUCCUCCAUGCCGUCUGCCACAGAACCAUCAGAGGACUCUAUUUCAACACUUGUAUCCAUGGGCUUUGACAGGAGCUCAGCCCGACAGGCACUUGUGCAGGCUAGAAAUGACGUCAAUGUGGCUACAAACAUUCUUCUUGAAGCGCAGUCUCACUGAUUCUGUUAACAUUGCUCUGUAGAAUGGAACUAGGUUGUUUCAGAUUCAGUGAUAGAAUAUUAUCUGAUGCAGACACUCUGCCCGAACCGGUGACGAGUUUGAUAUGCUUAGAGAGACCCAGUCAAGGUUUUUGCAGUAUCAUUUUAAAGGAAAAGGUUCUCUCCUUUUCAGUUUUUUCGUCUUUUAACUUUCUAGUUUUUCUUAACUCUUUCAUUUUGAAUGUAAUUAUCAGUUUAAGGAUAAAUACGCGUACACCAAUAACAGAAAAUGAAGAGAACUUGCAAUCA